CAGCGCCAGUCGUUCGGCGGAGCCUGGGGAGGUUAGGUCGGGUCACGCGCCCCGGAUGCGAAUGCUCGGUGGUACGGCACACCGCGACGGUCGACAGACGGUAGCGGAUACGCGGCACGGAGUCGCGCGAUUACGGCGGUGCCGCCGCCGAGUACCGGUCUCGCUCCCUUUGUCGCGCGCUCGCUGGCGAGCGUCGUACGUCCUCGUCGUCGCCGUCGACGCUCCGCAUCGUUCUCGUCCCGGCUGGGGCGAGCCCCGCUACGCCCGCUCAUCCCAGCGCUCGUCGAGCACUCUCAUCCCCUCGACGUCUCGGCGUUGCCGUUGCCAUCGCUGCAUCGUCGUCGUCUGGACAGCGGACGCGUCGUCUGCUCUCACCGCACCGUGCCCGCCGCACCUGUCGAUACGUAGUACCACCAAAGGGAGCGAGGACAAGCCAGCACCGUGUGUUCCCGGCCUAGUGACCUGACCUUGGAUCAGUCCGACCAGAGUUUCAACGGGUUACUCUCAACCCUCCUCGCCAUGCAUGGAUUUUGAACUUCCAUAUCCAGUACGAGGGUCCGUGGAGUUAAGCACGACGCAGAACAGAACUCCAACAAUGUGAACGUACAAACGAGCAAAGGCAAAUGCCCAACAAGGCACGGCCUCGUCAAGAGUGGUCUCCUCAAUCCCCCAUAGAUGUCUUGUGGAUGCCCCGCUCCGCCAUGAGGCUGGCCGAGGGUGACGCGUCGGAUUGCAUUUUGGUGGUCGGCGUAUCCAGAUCGAAAAUGGCCGUCGCUUUUUUAUCAGUCGCCCUGCUGUCCCUCUUCCUCACCUUCCACAUACUCUACGACAGCGCCGUUUACAGCCUCCAUGCGGUUUCCGCCGUCGAAGGACGCACGGUGGAACUGGUGUCUCAGGUACACGCGACGCCGCCUCUCCUCUUCUCCAACUCCAAGGUUCACUUCCCGCGCACGAAUCGCCAUCUUCCCCAGGCCAUCAUAAUCGGCGUACGCAAAUGCGGCACGAGGGCACUGCUGGAGAUGCUCUUCCUGCACCCGCAGAUACAGAAGGCGGCCGGUGAGGUCCACUUCUUCGACCGUGACGACAACUACGGGAAGGGUCUGGAAUGGUAUCGCCGCAAGAUGCCCUACUCCUUCAAGGGACAGAUCACGAUCGAGAAGAGCCCCAGUUACUUCGUGACGCCCGAGGUGCCCGAGAGAAUCCGCGCGAUGAACGGCAGCGUCAAGUUGCUGCUGAUCGUGCGGGAACCGGUCACCCGGGCGAUAUCGGAUUACACGCAAUUGCGCACGCACGCUGCGACCGCAUCUACACUGACCAACGGCACGCCGCAACAGCAGCAACAACAGCAACAGCAAGUAGCGCGUACGUUCGAGGAGCUCGUUAUGCGACCCGACGGUACCAUUAAUGAAUCCUAUAGACCGGUCGCCAUUUCCCUCUAUCACACCUACAUGCAUCGUUGGCUGGAAGUGUUCCCCAGAGAGCAGAUUCUCAUAGUGAACGGCGAUCAAUUGAUCGAAGAUCCGGUGCCUCAGCUGCGCCGAAUUGAGAAUUUCCUCGGGCUCGAACCGCGUAUCGGGCGACACAACUUCUACUUUAACCACACCAAGGGCUUCUACUGCCUGAGGAACGAUACUUCGGAGAAGUGUUUGAAGGAGAGUAAGGGGCGACGUCAUCCGCGUGUCAGUCCGGUGGUUGUGACGAAGCUGAGGAAGUUCUUCAACGAGCACAAUCAACGUUUCUACGAACUCGUCGGAGAGGAUCUCGGCUGGCCAGAGGAAUAACCAUCGUGGAAAGUCCCGACUCGUUCGUUACGUGACGCGAGUCGUGCGUGCAUCCAGCGGCGGGCGUGAUCGUUCAAGUUGAAAUCAAAUACUCUGUCGUCCUCGGCGAGGAAGAGAUAUCGCUACCGAACGAAAUUAAUCAUGACGUCGAAGAACGGAGACGCUUCGAGGAUCAGCGAUAUUCUUCGGGGACGCACGAGGAUAAGUAAUUUAUUAUUAAUUAUCUAUUUCUUUAUUCUCGAUAAAGAGGUGCAAUCCGCUGAUAUUUCACGAUGAAAGUAUAAUCGGCGCCGUUAUUAGCGGAUGCAUGCGAGACUAGCGUCUUGUUAUUGCAUUAUCAAACGUGUAAGCAUACACAAAACAUGCGCACACAAAUACACACACACACACACACACACACAAACACAAAGUUACAAUAACGCCGGCCAAAAUAAAAUAGAGGCGCGGAUCUGCGAGACGGACGCGAUCGCCUCGUAGAUUCACGCGGCAUGCGGAUCACAUUGGUCCGUGACUUUACAUAUCAAUUUUACAUAUCGAUAGUUUACAUAUCAAUAGGUUAACUAGUUCGUACGACAAAGAUUGAAUAUUUUUAUAAUCCACAUUGGAAGUUGUUAUAUCGCUUAUGUCGUUAAGGAUAUUAACGCGAAGGACCUUCGCGCGAUCAGGAAGAUCGAAAGUUUUAUUUAUUGCGCCACGCGCAUGCACGAUUCACACCGAUACAAAAGGAGGGGAUGUGUAAUUAUGCUAAUCCGCUCUUUUUUUUUUUUUCAAACGAAAUCGAAAGAGAAAGCCGCAAUAUUUUUCUUUUCCCCUUUCUCUCCGAGUUUCCCUUUCUCCUUCUCUCUCUUUUUCGCCCGCGGAAAAGCGCGAACGUUCUUCUCUGAUACUGGAUAUUGGCGCAAGCGUUCCUCUGGGAACACGAAGAGAAGGGUGGAAUCCGACCAACCGCGAAUAAACUCGUCAGCGGCAGCAUAGACGGAACGGUUCGCCGGGACUUUAUCGUAGAAAUCUUUAUAAUCGAUUAUUCUCCAAAUCUCCCGACGGAGCUCGAACAUAUAACGUUCUUUUAUAUGUAAUAAAUUUUUAGCGAAGGACCGAGUAUUACAUGUGUAGCUAAAGCAACGCGACAACAGAAACUCCAUUAAGAGUUUAUUACAGUACGGAACGAACUCGCUCUGUCGCGCUGAAAGAAUUCUCAAUUAUUACACAGACGAUUAAUAAUUCAGCUUGACGUCGACGAGGAUGACGAACGUUGCGAAGCGCGAGUAAUUGGUGUCCUUCUACAAUCUACUUGCGAAUUUCGAAUGGAGGCGCAUUAAAUUUUACAAUAAUCGUCAUCCGGUAUAAUCGAGAAAUUUUACAGAAAUUUUUAUAUUUUUCUGAAGUUUCUUUUCUAACGCUAAUAGAAAUCACUGACGAUUAGAGACGCGAUUACAAGGUACAUAUCUGUUAUUGGGAACACAAGGGGGAAAACAAGGGGGAUGAAAGAAGCGAAUCGCACGACAGCCUGUCGCUUAGCGACAAGCUCUUCUCUUGAAAGGAUACGGCGCCAUAAAUAAUCCACUUUGCGGCGCAAGUGAGUCGUGCAUGCGCGGCAAAAUGCACCGUGCGUUAAUUCGUGCGAUAAAUACCGGUCGCCUAGACUCCUCCGGCCGGAGAUCUCGGGAAUCGGAGUGAAUGGUGUUCCGAGGCCAAGUGCGUCAAUUUUCUUUUGCGCCGCGAUUACUUCCAACGAACAAGUACACCUAUUAUCCGAUAUAUCUUCGUAAUUAGAACGAACAGUGUCAUUGACUUGGAAGCUAAAGGCAAGAAGACGAGACAGUUUGAUUAAAUCAUUCCCUGCGAAAGGAGAAAUCGUUUAUCUCUGGUACUGGAAGAGAAAGAGCUUCGUUCGAGCUUAUUUCUGUUAAUCUGUUUUCAGUUACGAUUAUUUAGAAGCGAGGCACCGCUUUACGCGCACCGACUCCGUUAAUUACCUCGUUGCUGCAAUUUGCUUGCCAUCAUGACGAUAACGCGAGCCCGAUCAUCUGGGUUUCGCGAAAACCCAACUCGCAGUCUCGUUAACGACAAUUUCGAGUCCCGAGCAAUUUGGCUCAAAGAGAGGAAGUCGUGCAUCGUGCGUCUCGUAGUCGAUCCUCUUUUCCGCACACACACUUUGAUCAAAUCUUUGCUCGGGGACACGGUCGUAUUCGUGUGAGUUGUAAUUUCCGCAGACAACCUUUGAUUCUCGUUGGAUUACCUCACUUGGUACGGUUUAUAGAGUGCUCGCGGGAUGUGAAUUGCGAUCUUUCGCUACACAAAGAUACCUGGGCAUCUCUCUCUCUCUCUCUCUCUCUCUCUUUACUUUCACAAAUAACGUCGGAUCGAUAAGGUCGGAACGAGCGAGCAAUUGUUUAUCAAACAAGUAAAUUUUCAAUUAGAGGGUUAAUACACGGCGUGACCGAGGACGGAUCUAACAACGUCACGCUAUCGGUCUUUACGUCUCUCCCCCCUCCGUAAUCUUACUGAGAGAAUAUUUAAUUCCACCUUGACUGAUGACCAAGCGAGUUUAUUCGGUACACGCGUGACACGCGAUCGCUUUUCUCGACUUCGCUUAAACGCACGAGGAAAAACGCACGUGCCGCUCGAUAUUCUUCCUCGUGACAAGCAAAGGGAUUGCGUUACGACUUCCGACCUCCACACCCAAUUAAGGAACCUGCAGACCUUCUUUAAGUAAAGUCACGGCACGAUUCGAUAAGCUAAGAAGCGUAGCCGGUCACGUUAACCAUCUCGCACGCUCGGUUACGCUUAUUUAAACAUUUUAAAUAGUCGAGGGUAAUAUUUUCCAGCGAGUUUCGCAUUCUCUGACAAGCUUAGUAGUUCUUUUCGAGACAUUUCGCAGCGGCAUUCGAUCGCCGAUCGAUCGAUAUUCUCCAUCAUUUUGUCACCCCCGCGGAGUGAGAACACCGAGAAAAUGAUGCAGUGAGAAUUAGCACGGCUGAAUAUAGUUGCGCUUUCGAUUAUAAUAAUCUCCGGGCGCACGAUGGAAUUGCCCGAGAGCGAAAGCUCUUUUUGUAACGAAUAUUAAAUUUACCGCGACUUUAAUAAAUCUCCCGCCAAAUUAUCUAUCCGUUGGCCGUCGUUAAAAUUACGGCGCGAAAAAAUAUCGUCUCCGGAGCGGAGCAAGAUAAAUAUUGUUCCUUUCCAUCUUUCUCGUUACUGCUAGAGAACGUUGCAAGUAGAAGUUUCACUCCCCGGCGCGCAUCGCGCGCGAUCACGAUAUUCUCCCUCGGCCUCCGCGGCCCCGGUGUCGGUCAUUCACCCCGACUUUAGCGGCGUUAACACCCCUCCCGCCCCGUGCCCUCUCUGCCGGGGUGAGAGGUGCUCUUUUUUUCAGCCCCAUUUUUUUUCUAUUCGUCGAUGUCCGGUCAAUCUACGGGGAUUUCACGCGGCCCUUCCAUUUGCAGGGGGUGUCGAGAAAACAAAUAUUUUCAACGCCGAAGUUAGCGCGGCAGCCUCUGUAAAUAUGUCAUUUCUCCCGCACCUUCCGGUUGAAAUAUGAAACGGUAGGAACGAGCGCCUGUACCUGCGAUACAGAUGUCGAACGUGUAAUGUACCUUGUUACGUAUACACCGGAGAUGUCCGACGACCUAUAAAAUGUAACACACAUCGCGCGCGCUGUGGAAGUAGAAAUUGAAUUGGGGUCUUUCGGAAACAGCUGCCCGUGCGCCCGGAUAACCUCUUUGCCUUGACUGAUCGAUAUUGCUCGCCAUUCACGUGGACGUCCGGCGAAAUGUACGCAGAUCCCGCGGAUCCCUCUUGUCCCUUUCGUCUCCAUUACGGAUGCACCCUCCACGGAGCGCGGGCCGGCGGGAUGAAUAUGUAUUUUCUAGCGAGCGUGGCACGCGAAAGCACUGGAAUUUAUAAAGACCCGUAGCAGGUAUCUCCGACCAUUUGCCAAACUAUUUCCUCGCUCCUCCCGUAACAACGAUCUCGUGUCUGAGAUAUUUAGCCUUGAAAAUGACGAACGAUCGUUCCUUCCCCAAGUUCUCAAGAAAAAAAUCCAAACUUUGAAACUUUCCAAAGUAUCUUUCGUAUUCUCUUUUUAUCUGUAUUUUUUAAAUAUUUUCCCUUUUCUUCCCUUAUAUCCCGAUACCCGAACACAAUGAAUAGUCUGACGCGGUGAUCGCAAGAGGAGCUUCUUUUCGCGUGUGAUGAAUAUGCAUUUUAUGCAAAAUGCAUCCGCGUUCGCCGACUUAAGUCGAGGAAGAAGAAGCGCCGGACUACGAGGCUUCGCAGGAAGGAAGGGUUCGCCUAACGAUCUCGAGAAGUCGCCGCGAAUAAAGGAAUUAUACGGAAUUAUGAGGGCGUGGAUUGCGAUCUAACAACGUGAAUCCAAAUACGGAGGGGUCACCGACCCCUAGCACUCCGGUAAAGUCGGGAAGGAAAUAGGAAACUGUACAACACGUCAGGAAAAUCACGUAAGGGUGGACGAGAACGGGGGAGGCAGGGGGGCCAAAAAAUGUCACCCCCGGGGGAGGAAAUUUUAUGGCGCAUUGGCUAUGGAGUAUCUCCGAGCGCGUUACUACUAGCAUGAUAAAAUUCAGGAUCGAUUCUCCCUUAAUCGCGUAUUACUAUGCGAUACCCAACGUGAACGGCCGAGUUGCCUCGGUCUCGGGGGAUAAUAAUGACGCAGUAAUCAACCCUCGAGAAGUUUCGCGGAAUGGCGGCUUAAUAAUGCACGCGAAGUGCUCCCGGAAUCCACGUGUCGAAUCAAUGACGAAAUGGAAUAUUCGCAAUUUUCGCGACCGUUUUUGCCAAAUCGCGCGAUGGGUGUCGGAUCAAUAAGAUAAGCCUGCUUCGACCGCUCUAACUUUUUUAUCUCGGAUUUUAGCGACGGAAAGCUGAAGUACAUUAACCUGCUAAAGAGGAUUUUGUAUACCGCUCCCUGUUGCACGUCACAUUUCUUAUUAUUUAUUACGUUGAUGUUAUUUGAAUGAAUAUCGUUUGUAAUAACAAUAUCUCCCAUGCACAUUUUUCGUGUUUCUAUUUCACGACGGAAGUAAAAAUGGUGAAGCGCGGUACGAUGCUAUGGCGGAAAAAGCGUGAAAAUAUCGCUGUUACUACGCAAAAAUCUAAUUAAUUGCCCGUACAAACUUUUUCACACUUCAGAUUCCGGAACCUUUGAAAUUUUUCGACCCGGCUCGAAAAGCGGGCACAAAAGUUAUUCGUUUGCGCAAUUCGCGUGACUGCGCGUUUCCCGGAAAUAUUCUAGCAGAACGAUUACUCGAACGCUUUAAAAUUCAAAUUUCAGUGUUGAACGUUUUCAGAGCACACACAUACUUAUUCGUAAAAGAAAAAUUUCUUAUUUAUUGCAAAAAAAGUACAAAGUAAAUUAAUGUUUCCGAAUAUUCUUCAUAGACGUCGCAAGAAAGGACGUCCAAAUAUCGGAGAACCGAGCUACGUACCCGUCGCUAAAUAAUUGAUGAGAGCAGCUUGAUCUUCGUUUGUCUCCGGUUUGCAUCCUUCAUUGAUGUGCGGCGAUCGAUUUAGCCUAUUUUCCUUCCUGCAGUUACCCUUCGUUGCCCUUCGCUCCUAUAAAUGGCGUGGGACUAGCUAAAUCCAGAAAACUAUUAUCUAUAAUAUCUAUAAGCACAUCGUGUUAUCGAGAAGUUUUUGUAAGAAAGAAAGAUGUAUUUUUGUCCGACCCGUCCAAGCGCUCGUAAUUACUCGAAACUUAUCGUUUCCAAUAAAUAAAAUAAACUUCCAGUACCAAGAUACACGUAUAUCUCCUCGAAAACUUUGCGUCUUUGGAAAUAAAAAUAUCAGAGGAGAUAUCGAAUGGGGGGAAACGUCAAGUCGUAUGAUAUCACGAAAUUCGUAGAGGAAGUUUAGUUAGAAGUGGUGUACGUUUUUAUAACAACAUUCUCGAAGAUUGACGCGCAGGCAUAGGCCUUCGAAUCUCCCGCAGCACGAAGGGGAGGUUAGACCAUGGGAAAAUGAGAGAAACCAAAGAUAUUAACGAGUCAACAAGGAGGGUGUAUGCGAAUGUCUCUUUUUGGGGGGAGGGGGGAGGCACGCACCCUCGUGCUCGGAGCGCUAGUCGUUAAAGAGAAAAUAACAUAUCGUACUUGUUAAGGAUAGAAUAAGAAAAAAAUCGCUCAACGAUCCUUGGAUCCUUCGAACCUAUACUUCGACAAAUCCUUGGAUCAUUGAAUUCUCGAAUUACCCGGAUCCUUGGACCGUCGUCGGAUUCACGGAUUAUCGAAUCGCGCGCAUCGUUCUUUCGCGUCGCGCUCGCCACGAAUUUGUGCACGUGAAUUCAUUCUCGUUGAGUGGAAUUUUGCGAAAUUGCGCGCACAGCAUAAUUCGAUGCGGUGGCAAGUCCUUCCAAUAAUACUCGAUUGCAUCACUUUGUAAAGGUACAAAAAGAUUCAAUUUAUGACUCAAUUUCUGAGACACUCAAUUCGAAAAUGAAAAAGUUAAAGAGGCGACUAAGUCGAAGGUGAAAAGUACAAAAGAUACGACAAGCGGCAACCUACCAUCGAAAGAAAUUCGCCCGGAAAGCGAGAAAUCUAUGAAUGGAGGAGACAUGUAGUGGAUCUAGGAUACAAUGUGUACACGCGCGAGUCCCAACUUGCGCUUGCUUUCCGUUCUUUCUUAUCGGCUUUCGCGAGAGUCAACGGCGGCAGUGAAGUACACUCUCCACCACGGGAUAUCUGGACGAGAGUAGUGUCUCCGUCCUGCCAACCGGUCUCCCAUCCUCUUUCCCUUCACCUUCGUCGUCUGUACCGUGCACCCCGGGGGACAGCGCUGAUUUAUUUAAAAGACGAAGUCGACGCGACGCGCAGCUGCCGGCUUCGUCAAUGCCCGCAACAGCCGCUCGAUUUUUCUCGCAUCCUCGGUUUUUCGUCUCGAUUUUUAUUUUAGAUUCUUGUCCCCGUCGAUACAUGUGCCAAUUUGUUUUUCUAGUCAUUCAAAGCGACUCUCUAUAUUUGGUUUGCUAAACUUGCCGCGUUAAUGACUCCAAUGAAAAAUUCACAUUUCCAAUUUUAAAUCCUCCGUAGCUAAAUAUACUCCACUUUCAAUAAUUAAGUACGAGGUCAAACUUUAUUGGCAAUGAUUUAGGCAGUAGACUAUUUUUGAUUGAUAUCCUUAAUUCUCUCUCGCCCUCUUAAUUACUCGUGACUUAAAUUGUAACUUUAUUAAUACUUCGAUUUUCAACCAACCACUAUUUUCCCCCGCAUAGACCGCAGUAUCCAUACGAUACCUCGCGAGUAAUCCUCCGAGGAAAUUCCUCCGAUCGAAAACAAAUGGCAGAGGAACGGUGUGUAUACAUGCGCUCUUUGUUCGUCUGCAAGAUUUCGGUUUAUAUCACGGAACAACGUGGCGGGCGCAAUCGGCGCUCUGUCGAUGAAAUAUCAGAUAUCUUAUCGAGAUGACAGCUUCUACGACGACUCGAACGCCGUUGUCUUUCAAGCUGUACGUCCGGUAAGGCACUUGAUAACGCUCGCGCGGAAAAUGAUAAAUCAGAGGUGCACAAACUAAUGCGCAUUCGCAGCUCGGCGUAGACCAACUUGUUGUUAAUUUUUUGAGAGACGUUAUAAAUAGAAUUAAGUUAAGAUACGAUAUUCCGUAGAGCACGCUACACAUCUUUACUUGACAGCGGAUAUAUGUAUACAUAUGUUAAAGCAGAAGUCGUGUUAUUUUGUAAUUGCUAUCUCUCUCCCUGUGAUGUCAAAUUAACUUUUGUUCCUGCAAUAAUAAGUGCAGUAUGUAUUAUUAUUAUUAUUGUUAUUAUCGUUAUUACUGCAAUCUAUAUUUUUAGUGAUAAAAAUUGAAGCAGCUAGGGAUCAGUUAUCGAUCCGAUUAACGCGAUAGCUGAGGAGUUAGUAGCAUUUUUUGGGAAAAAAGACAAUUAACACUCUAUAUGCACAUUGUUUUAUUUUUCCGGUAUACGUUGGAUCGUGAUCCUUUCGAGUUAAUUUUCACUACUUUUAAAAAUGUAAAAAAAUUCUUUGGUGUCUCUUACAAGUUUAACAUUUCUUAAAAGUAUUUAUAUGUUUGUUUAUUGAAAUUGUAUUCGUAUAAACGUUAUAAACUGAUUAGAGUGCGUCUAAUUUUUCAAAGAAAAGAAAUUCGCAGGACAAAAAUUGUCGAAUCGCGCGUAUGGAGUGUUAAGCAAGGAAAAAUUCCAUUUGUCUUGUUCUCGUUUAUGUUAACUACUUUAUCACGUCACUUGUAUGCGAUUUGUCUAGAUAUUUCCGAAAUCUUUGUCCGGGUGACCAAAAAAAAAGGCGAGUUUGCGCGCCGCUGGUGCAGGCGUAAGGAUAGCCGUAAGAUACUAGAUUUACAAAAUUGUAGCUAUACGUUAAGCAAUAAGCCACGCUAAAAAUGAAAAAAACGAUACAUAUCAACAAUUGCCUGUACGGUGUAUACGAUGCCGUUUCUCGACACGUGCACCAGAUUAAGCGAGAACAAAAAAAAAUGGAAAGAAAGGAGAGUGUCACAAAAGCGAGGUGUCCGUGCAGAUCCAAAAACGAUUGAGGAGCGAUCGCGCGAGUCGCGGGAAAUGGCAAAAUGUCUCGUAUCGCGUGUGGGAGUUCUGAAAAUGUUAAGUAUACAUAUAUUUACGAGCGUAUAUAUAUUAUAUACAGACGGCGGAUGAAACUUGUAGAAUAAUCCGUCGACCUUUAUGACGAGCAAGUAGCGUAAUCAAGCUAGAUACGUUCCGUGAACAUAUACAGAACAUAUUUCCGUAUUCUCUCUCAUUCGCGACGGGGAUGUUUUUAUGUAUGUAUCGAGGUUCCCGUUCAAAGGGUAAAAAGCUUCCCGCUAAAACUUUUCGGUAGUUUUUUCGCCUCGGAAAACACGCGGAACGCGGAAGGCAAAAAAAAAAAUUACGAGAGGGGAUUGUUGCGGAAAGCGAUGGUUUCCCUUUGGAAAAGCACGAAUUAAUACACGCGGAAAUAUCGAUCGACCCGAAGCCCUUGGCGCGCGUACGGCAAAAAGAGCUUUAGGUUGUACCGCGAAAAAAGGAAAAGAGGAAACGCCGUGGCCGGCGGGAGAAGACGAGGGAGGCCACUUCUCUCGCGGCCAUGUCCGUCUGGCGCGGCCGCGCGCGUUUUUCCCGGGAGAGCAGUCUCCGGCGGAAUACAAAAGCCUUGUGCGCGGCGACCCGGCAAAAAUCGCCGGCACACGCCUAAUCGGCCGAGGGUUGAUUCGAUAAAAACGCGGAAACGGCGCGACCACGCUGCGCCACGCGGAAUUUACAUUCGCGGUUGGAGGGCGGAGGAGGAUGAGACGGGGGAUGGCCGGCGGGACCGGUCGGGAUUGCGGACAAAAAAUGGGGGUGCAAGGUUGAACUUUAUUAUUAUUAUUAUUUCGUUACGUCGAGACAUUUCCCGAUCGCUUCUCGAUCGCGAAGGGCGACGCGCAAUCACCUCAGGGUCGCAUCAAACUAACGCUAUAGUUCAAAACGAGUACAUAUCAUUAGUUGUUAAUGGCGCAUCGUAAAUAGGUUUAAUAACAAUUAAUUUAUUAUACAUUUACCCGUAUCUUAUAUACAUAUAUAUAUAUGAUUAUACAUAUAAAAAAUUGAUAUAUGUAUAUAUAUACAAUAUCUAUAUAGAUAUGUGUACACACGUACAUAUAUACACAAGCUAGCGCGUAAGUUUUAUUAAAACAGUGUAGAGAGAAACGACAGAGGGAACGUAACGAUUGACGAUUAUUCGUCGCUAAUGUUCCGGCAUGCGAAUGGAAAUACGGACAAAAGCUAUUCCAUCGAUAUCGAAACCAGACAGUAUUUUAAAUGAGCGUAGAUAAUGAUCGUUAGUCACGUAUGUCUAUUGCGUACUGUUUAGCGUUGAUAAUCGGUUUCUAUUCGUCUUUUCUUUUAUUUCUUAACUAUAGCGGAGUUUUUUUUUUGGACGAACAGUUGCCUAAGCGCGUCACUAAACUGUGCUCGGAAAAAAAAAAAAAAAAUGGAACUAUCUAUGUCAUAACGUAUUUUCCGAUGUUAUUUUGUGAUUCUAUCGUGUGAUUUGCCGUUAAAAAAAAUCAAAAAUAAACUUUAUCAUACGAAGCCGGACAUCAGUUAAGCACAACUGCGCUUCCACAAUUAAAUUUUUAUAACGACUUGUUAUAUAUAUAUAUUGAAAUCUGUCGACAAACUGCAUAUAUUUAUUGUUCGCGAUUAAUUUGACGCCGAAAGAAAGAUCCUUCAAUUAGAUGUCAGAAAGCAACUCUUCCUCUCGUCGACUUUGCUCUAGAUCGAAAGUGACACGAAAGUACUCCGUAUUCAGAGACACGUACACAUGCGCGCACCCACGUUCACGCACACACUCACACACGCGCGCACGCGUAACACAUUUUAACGAAAAAAAAAAAAAGAAAAAAAGAAUUAUCGUUAUCGAUGUCUACGAUAAAUUGUUAAACCGAAGGACGAAGCGGCAACGAGUCGUCAGAAUCGUUGCCGCUCGGACCGAUUUGUAAUUAACGUUUAACGAUACUUAUUAUUUUUUUUGUAAUAGCGUAAACCGUGUAUGUGUUUCCCGUCGUGAUUACCCUACCAUUUUUCCUCUUUCCUCUUUCCUCGUAUACCUUCGAUAGGAACUUUUAAGAAUAAACGAAUUCUCGUGUCGCUUCUCACUCUCUCUCUCUCGUACCUUUUAAACGGGCGCUCCAUUAGACGCCCGGCGUAUCUAAUUAAUUAAUUCCCUAAUACGUUGUACUCCGGUCCGAUUGUUUAACUGCAUAUACGAGCUAAAGUCGAUUUCUGACCGUUGUUAUCUGUGAGACUGUGAGACACCAACUCCGCUUCUCGUAUCGGGUGGCGUCGCGACGUCUCGCCCCGAUACAUCGAGGGUCUUCUAUUCGUUGCCGUAGCUAGUCAGGCGGAUGUUGCGAGGCAACGGAACAACGAAAACUACGGAACUGAUGCAAAAUUCAAUAAGGAAAUUAAUUGUAAGGGGAAAAAUGCGAACAAAUUUAUUAAACGAGAGACCGGCUCGAACUACAGCCUCUGGCAAACUGCGAGACCUUUAUAUUGGACAUGCACAUUGAAAGGCGUUUAUUGGAUCUCUCUUUAUUGAGGCAAGUAAUUAAUUACAGUGAAAAAUAUAAAAACAAGAAGGUAUCGUGUUGCAAUUAAAUUAGUAAUAUCGUCGCAAAAACUGCAAUAAUUCAAUUAUCUCGAAUACUUCGGGGUCGAGAUUCCGCGAUGCAGCCAUCGAAUUAACCCCUUCUGCCCGACACAACAUUGCAAUUAUCUAGCGAUCCUGCAUGUGCGAUGUGUAAAUUAAGAAGCGUCACAUCGUCAACUAAUGGCUCCUUAAACGACGAAACUUAUGAGACUCUUGGUAGAUAAAAGUGUCUUUUAGAUCGAUGGCUCAAAUAAAUGAAUGUAAAUUCAUCGUGAGUAAUGUGAUUGCUAGAGGUACACUCGCGUAAAAUAAACUUUAAAAAGUGUAAGAUUUAUUAAACGUAAAAUUGUAUAUAGGUUGCAGAAUUUCUUGUUGACAGAAGCUGUGUGAUAAAAAAAAUUUUUGUGUACGUUACGUAUUUGAUAGUGAAUGCAAUUUUACAUUGUAGGAUAUCUAUAAUAUAUAAUCUCGUUGCGACUUCGUAGGAUAAAACGUAGCUCUAGAUAAACAAAUUGUUGUGAUUUAAAUAAUUUAUAUCUUUACAUUCCUUUUUACAUCCGUGAGAUCUCGAUGAAAGAGUUUUAUUGUACCGAGAGUCGCAGUAAAUGUUGAUACGUUGUCACUAACGGAAGGGGUUAAAGGGAUCAAAGAGCUCGUAGCUUAACCACGUAGACCUACCAUACACGCUUCUAUCGCGUUUCUACGCACAUUAUUGUAAAUCGCGAGUAGACGUUAUUGAAACGCUGGAACAAAACUUAUGAGCAUUUUCCUCGACCAAUGUGAGUUAAUUGUUAGCCUGUUACUUCUAGCAUGUAACACACGUGUGUCCGUAGACAAACGUGAUUAUUAAAAAAGAACUUUCUCUUCUAUAGUACAGUCGUGAGCUAAAAGGUUGCAACACAUUUUCUUCGAUGGUUAGAUGGUUCGAUGCUUAAUUGGUUGGAUCCACAGGUAAGAACCAAUGACGUUCGCCAUUCGAUGAGCAAAUCUACAUUCCAAAAACAAUCGAAGAAAAUGUGUUGCAACCUUUUAGCUCACGACUAUACAUAUUUAUAUAUUUAUAUCAUUUUUAUGUACAUAUAUAUAUGUAUAUCUUUUGCUUAUACUGUAGCUUUUGGUUUAUCAAUUGUAUGUUGUUUCAUCGUAACUUGGUUAAAUAUGUAUAAGCACCAAUUUAUAAAAGGCGAUAAGAGAACUAGAAGGCACGCGAUAUUAGACUUGUGUCACGAUUAAUUUUAUUAACUUUUUUUACUUUUAUCUCGUUUUAAUAAUUAAUUCUUUCUAUUGCAUUGCAAAUGUUGCUUCACAUGUUGCCGUAGGUUACUACCCGUGAUUUUUUCCUGCGUCAUUAUUUUACCUGGGAGACCCCCCUCUGAGAGAGCGCCUUUAUCCGCUCAUAUCUUGAGCAAAAAUUAAUAUUUCUUUUAUCUCUUUUUUUUCAUUGAAACGUCAAAAUCUGCUUGAGUAAACUGCACAAGUUUUAUUUAAGAACCAUAAGUAGAAAGAGAGUUAUAAGAGCUUAAAGCAUAAAGAAAUUUUUACAUAGCUAAACAAUGAAAGUUUCCGCUCUCGGGUCUCUCAGACUCGCGACAGUAACCUCGGGGUUAAAACAUGGGAACGAAGCGGGAUAGUUUUUUAAUGCUACACAACGUUGUGGGAAAACGCCCAAGCGUGACUCGCCUCGAAUGCCGAAUACAUCUAGAAGCAACGGGCGAGCGGGGAACUCGACGAAAUAAUUUAACGAUUUGCGUUCGUCGCGCGACCAACGUCUCAACAUCGAGCAUAAACUAAGAGCAAUAAUUCUCACUCGUGUUGAAGAGAAUUCAACCACGCGAUCACGAAUCGCGAUCGAGCUCUCGCGAGUGACGCGCUUUUAAUCGAUGCCGAUCCUCGGCGUGUCGCAGAGGAGAUUUCCCCGCGCGGAAAAACUCUCGUUACACCGAGGAUUAUCUGAAAGAGAAGUUUAGAGGGAGAGAGCUCUGUCGAAUCGAGAGUGAGAGAACAAACAUCGAGAUACGUAUACGUCGCGUCAGAAAAAGAUGUAAUCGAUUUCUGAUAAAAUGAUGCGGACUCUCGCAUCGCUAAAAAAAAGAAAAAAAAAGUAAGAAUAAAAAUGAUAGAGGAGAGACGCGCAGCGCUUGUCGAGGAGACGAUCACGCGCAGCUUCGAUCGAUAGACGACAGCAAUAGAGAAGACUCGCGCGCCAUCCGCGCGCGCAAUUUCGCGCAAUAAAAAGAUAUAGCAUAAACGCCGCCCGCUACGUGGACGUUUCGCGCGCGCAGUUACAUAUAUUAUAUAACUACGUAAUUGCGUGAGAAACGUGCGGGCGGCAUGAUCCGGCGCGCGCGAGAUCGUCUCAUUGAUGGUUCAUUUCCGGCGCCCUUCGGUGCCGUGGCACGAAGCGAGGCCGUAAAUCACGUUUUUACGGCAACCCCAACGGCCGCGGGCGGCGGCGGCGGCGGCGUCGCGGACCGAAUUUGCGCCUCAUUUCGUUGAAUGAGUUAUUAUUAUUAACAUUAUAGAGCACCCCUCGGGCCGCAUCGUGCAUACUUUGUCCGUCGCUCAUACUUUAUCGGGUCAUCCCGUAAGCGGCACACGGAACGCGUCUCUAUUCGCUUUAUGCGCAAUUAACGGAGUCUCCGCGUUUGUUUCCCCAUCGGUCCACUCCGACCUCUCUCUCGUUCUGCCGCUUCUGCGGGGAAAAAAAAAGAAAGAAAAAACGAAAAGGGCUCGAAGCGGAUCACGAGCGGAAUUGCAUCUGAAUGUAUUUUAUUAAAAAAAUCAAUUUAGAAAGUUAUUUUCUACGUGACAUAUCGAUUACGGCGAGACAGCGCGGAGAUGUUGCGAAGUUACGGGAAAGAGGGUUAUUCGAGUCUUACGGGAUGACAAAUUGUUCUUGUUUUUUUUUCUUUGUACCGCGAUAAAGCUUCGAGCUUCAUAAACACCCGGUAUAACGAAGGAUUAUCGAGCCCGAACGACGUGGGAGAGUCAAUCGUGAUGUUGGAGACGCUGAUGAGGGUUUCACCAACGACUCGACGAUUAAUUUUAAAUCUUUUGUAUGUUUAUAUGCAGUUAAAUAAUGUGUACAUAAUUAUGUAAUUCAGUGUCGUAAAAUUUCAACCGAUUGUAAUACCUACACGUACCUCGUUAGCGGAAAGCAUGUGCUUCGAAUUAUCCUUGUAAUUUCGUAAGGUGAUUAAACGGACCUUUGAAAGA